AUGGCUCUCCAACUUCAAGCAUUGUUAUUAAUUGGGCUUGCCAUUGCAAGCCUCGUCUCAGCAGCUUCUGCUAUUUCUGGAACUGCUACCUUUUAUACUGUAUAUGUUCCGUCUGCAUGCAAUGGAUUCCAAAACGACGGAGUUAUGAUCGCCGCCGCGAGCGACUCGCUCUGGGACAACGGAGCUGCAUGUGGAAGAAAGUACAGAGUGAGGUGCGCCAGCGGUACCAACCAAGGCGUGGCUAACCCUUGCCGGGGUGGAGCCGUCACCGUCAAGAUUGUCGAUCGCUGCCCUCCUCCGGCAUGCAGAGGAACCAUCGAUCUCUCCCGUGAAGCUUUCUCUGCCAUCGCCGACCCUAACGAAGGAAAAAUCAACAUUGAAUUCACCCAGUAA